ACCGCUCAAAUGUUGCUGUUCAGUGUACGGGAGAGGUAGAAAAACUGAAGACUUUUCAUUUUUGUAGCCAAAUACGCAGAGUUUGCUGCAUACCCGCUGAUGCAGGUGUGCGCUUGCUUCAAAUCUUCAGAAAAGCCACCGAGAGAAGGAACAGCCAUGAGUUCGCUGUGAUAAUGGAUCGCUUCAAAGAAGACUGGAACAGAGCGCAGACAUGUGGUGACUUUAACAACACGAUGGAGCCUGAGUAUGACGUGGUGGAUGACCAGGAAGAAAUACACAACGUGCGCAUACUUCCUGCCAGGCCUAUAAGUGAGGACAGAGAGUAUGCAGACAGGGAUCUUCCAAGGCAAUCACCUGCUCAGAACCUUUCAUCAGUCACCACUCGUAAACGGCUUCCUAGAUGUCCACCCAGAAAGACCUCCCAUAUUAAAGGGCCUGCUAUAAAUAGAGACCUGAAGCCAGGCCGGCAAAAAAUUAAAUUAGAUAAGAAGCCCCCACCUUUGGAGCCAGAAGAUCAACCCUCUCGCAGAUGUUCUCCACCACAUCCACCGUUUACCUUGGAUGCGACCAAAGAACUAGCUGGACUGGCUGUAGAUGAAGUCUGCAGGAGUGAUAGACACUUGAUAAACACUGAAAAAAUGGACCUCAGAUCACCUGUCACAAGUCCACGACAGGCUAAGAGUGUUUCACCCAUGCUCACCCAUCAAAGACAUUCUUUGGAUUUAGAGACUCAUGACUUAGAGAACAGGUCACAUCAACAUUUAGAAAGGGUGCCAUCAAAACGCCAUCACCAUGAGUGGCCUCAAACAAAAGAAGACAUCGACCAAAAUGAUUUUGUUCCAAUGGACAAGCCUUAUACCUACUGCGAGGAAGAUUGGUAUGUUGGGCCUUGUAAUCGUACAGAUGCUGAGCAUGCCUUACACCUGGUGAACAAGGACGGGGCAUUUUUAGUUCGAGACUGCUCCAUUAACACCAACAGUGAACCCUUGGUACUGGUCGUGUAUUAUGAGAAGAAAGUCUAUAAUGUAAAAAUUCGGUUUUUUGAGGCCACCAGGAAGUAUGCACUCGGAACAGGCCAGCGCUCAAAUGAUAUGUUUGACUCAGUAGCAGAAAUCAUCAAGUUCCACUCCAUUUUUCCUAUAACACUCAUCAGCGGGAGAAACACGGCAGGCAGCAAAUGCCCAGAGAACUGUGUGCUGACAUGUCCAAUAACGGAAAAGGAUGUUGUACAGCUCCUACAGUAACGUCUGCACCUUCCAGCAAAGAAAAUAUCUUUCAUCUGAUGCCAUUCUCCAUAUGCUGCAGAGAGAUCCACAAUCAUUUUAAAAUGCUGGGAAGAAUAAUGCACACACAUUUUGUUCAGGGUGGGGGUUAAAAACAAUAAUAAAACCAAAGGUUGUCUUCAGUUGCACCAUUAAAGACUCUAUUGCUAUUAUGAUGAUGUUUCAUGCUGAAUUAAAGGGUAAUUCUGUGUUUUUGGGAGGAUCUACUGUAGAUGCAUUUGUCCAUCGUUUGUUCAAAAUCUUGCAUAUGUAGACUAUUCAGACCUAAACUGGAUUAUUCUUCAGUUAAAAGAAAUUAUUUAAAACUGUUUGAGAUUUUUAAUAUGUUUCUUUUAAUUUUUUAAAACACACAAAACAAGUACACAUGUUUAAGAGGGAAAACUAUCUGCCGAUCUGUCUGAAUGAAUUAAUAUGUUAUCAGUAAUUUUAUUUUCUGUAAGUUACAGGGCGAAAAAUUAUUUUUCAGAUUUGGCCUUAUUGGGGAGCUGUUGUGUGUUUGGCUAACCCUAACCCUGCGGGAUGGCAGAAAGAGGGUCCCGCCCAGGGCACCACUUAUGAUAGAACCGCCACUGAAUGCAAACCAGAAUAUGCUACUUAAUGACAGAACUGUGUUCAUAUUUUAUUUUUCAGAUUUAUGGAGGCAAAAUUAAUAUUUAACUUCUAUAAAAUAAUUAAAUAUUAAUACACAUCUAGAAAUAAAUAAAAUGUUGAUCCCAU